CAUUUUGUGACUCUAUAUAACACGUAGCCGUUGGGUUCGCUCCUGCUACUCCAGCGCCUGCACUCCGCUUCCCUUCGGGCCGCCUUCGUGUGCCAUGGACGGCAUUGUCCAAGAUAUAACAGUUGGUACAAAGCGGGGAUCUGACGAACUUUUCUCUACUUGUGUCACUAACGGACCCUUUAUCAUGAGCAGCAACUCUGCUUCUGCAGGUAACAUUGCCCGCCCAGAGAAUUCAGCACUUCCUUGGGGCCAGUGGCCUAGUGGAGCCAAUGGGAAUGACAGCAAGAAAUUCAAGGGUGACAGUAGAAGUGCAGGAGUUCCAUCCCGAGUAAUCCACAUCCGCAAACUGCCAAGUGAUGUUACAGAAGCUGAAGUUAUAUCCUUGGGGCUACCAUUUGGCAAGGUCACAAACUUACUCAUGUUAAAAGGAAAGAAUCAGGCUUUCAUCGAAAUGAACACGGAGGAAGCCGCUAACACCAUGGUGAGCUACUACACCACAAUCACUCCUGUUCUCCGGAGCCAGCCCAUCUACAUCCAGUUCUCCAACCAUAAAGAGCUGAAGACAGACAACUCUCCAAACCAGGCCCGCGCCCAGGCAGCCCUGCAAGCAGUGAACUCAGUCCAGUCUGGGAACCUGGCGCUCUCUGCCUCCGCCGCCGCAGUGGAUGCCAGCAUAGCCAUGGCCGGUCAGAGCCCAGUCCUGAGGAUCAUUGUGGAGAACCUCUUCUAUCCUGUGACCCUUGACGUCCUGCAUCAGAUUUUCUCCAAGUUUGGCACGGUGCUGAAAAUAAUCACCUUCACCAAGAACAACCAGUUCCAGGCACUCCUGCAGUAUGCAGACCCUAUGAGCGCCCAGCAUGCCAAGCUGUCUCUCGACGGGCAGAACAUCUACAACGCCUGCUGCACACUCCGCAUUGACUUUUCCAAGCUUACAAGUCUCAACGUGAAAUAUAACAACGACAAGAGCAGAGACUAUACUCGGCCCGACCUGCCCUCUGGAGACAGUCAGCCCUCUCUCGACCAGACCAUGGCUGCUGCUUUUGGUGCUCCAGGGAUUAUUUCUGCCUCGCCUUACGCAGGGGCUGGCUUCCCUCCUGCUUUUGCCAUUCCUCAAGCUGCAGGCCUCUCAGUUCCAAAUGUACAUGGAGCCCUUGCUCCUUUGGCUAUUCCAUCUGCAGCCGCUGCCGCAGCUGCCGCAGGACGGAUGGGUAUUCCUGGCCUUACCGGGGCAGGGAACUCCGUUCUGCUGGUUAGCAAUUUGAACCCGGAGAGAGUUACACCCCAAUGCCUCUUUAUUCUUUUCGGAGUGUACGGUGAUGUGCAAAGAGUGAAGAUCUUGUUCAAUAAGAAGGAGAAUGCCCUGGUCCAAAUGGCGGACGGCAAUCAGGCCCAGCUGGCCAUGAGCCACCUAAACGGCCAGAAGCUGCAUGGAAAGCCCAUCCGCAUUACUCUGUCCAAACACCAGACAGUGCAGCUGCCUCGCGAAGGCCAGGAAGACCAAGGCCUGACCAAGGAUUACAACAAUUCUCCUCUCCAUCGCUUCAAGAAGCCAGGCUCCAAGAACUUCCAGAAUAUCUUUCCACCUUCUGCCACCCUUCAUCUUUCCAACAUUCCGCCUUCAAUAAUCGAAGAUGACCUCAAGCUGCUGUUCUCAAGCAAUGGUGGGAUAGUGAAAGGCUUCAAAUUCUUCCAGCGAGACCGCAAGAUGGCUCUCAUCCAGAUGGGGUCUGUGGAAGAAGCCAUCCAGUCGCUCAUCGACCUCCAUAACCACGACCUUGGCGAGAAUCACCACCUGCGCGUGUCCUUCUCCAAGUCCACCAUUUAAGUGCUGGGCAGCACACGCCGCAGAAUGGACCUGACUGAAAAGCGAACCACCAUCGCCCUUACCCGGCUCGCCUUGCAUCUUCUUUCAAGGGCUGGACGACCGAAGUGGGGGUGGGACAACUUCCAUCAUUCCAGAAACAGAAAAGAAGCCACUUUAAAAAAGAGAGAACACAGCUGAAGUGACCUUAGAAGAAAACAGAUUUAUUUUUUUAAGGAGGAAAAACAAUUUACUGGUUUUUUUAAAAAAUUAAACCUUAAUUCACGUUUCUAUAAUAUUUUCUUGCAGUGAGUGGGUGAUAAUCUUUGACCAGGAGAAAAAAAUCAUAAACUUAAAAAAGUUUCCAUUCUUGGUUGGAAACCUUGCUGGGCGUCCCCCUCACCUUCCUCCCCCACCCUUAUUAAAACAAGCAAUCCUUCCUAUCUCAGAAAAGUUACUUUUCCCAGUGAUGCCUUUACCUUCAAGCUUUGGAAGAGACCCCCUGACUGUGCAGUUUGCUUCAGCAUUAUGAUUCCUUUGAAUUAAGUCUCCCAAAUAUAGAUGCCUUUUUCGAAGGUGUUGCCUUUUCCCCAAGCCUUGCAUCUAAUAUCCUGUGGUGCCUUCAGAAGUCCCCCGCCCACCCCAAACUGAAGGUGGGAGAAACAGAUCAUUGGGCAAGUUGAACCAAGAAUUGCCGGUGUUCGGGCUGCACAGGGCAGGGGGCACUUCUCUCAGUAAGCAAUCUGGACAUCCUUAUGCAAAAUGUGCUGUAGUGUGCAGGCCAUCUUGGCUUCCCCAGUCCAUGACACUCCCCCCCCCCCACCCCAAUGGAAAGUGGUUAGAAACACUUGCCAGUAGUGCUUUUGAGCUUUUCAGAUUGAUGUGGGUGGCGGAUUGUCAUCCUGCCUGUUAUCCCAAACUCUAGAAAUCAAAGCCUAAGUGCAAAUGUGUACAGAAGUGUCAAAUUUUGAUGAUUCUUUGUUCAGAUUAUUGAUUUUGUGGGCUCAUGCUUUCAGAAUUGGUUUUAAGAUGCAUUGAUGCCUCCCCACCUGAUUUCAUCCUUUGUACAAGUGAAUAGCUUCAGCUUAUUGUUUUAAUCCCCUUUAUAAUUUUUUUUUACAUGCAGUCUGUUAAGCAAUACUUCCAGUUGACCAAAUACUUUUAAGGAGUUCUUGUGUGCAUUCGCACACAUAUGUGUGUAUGUGCAAAAGGCAAUAGCAUAACUAUGUAGAUAAGAUGGUAUAGCUAUAUCUAAACUUGUUCUUCUAUUACCCUUAUAUCUUGUAUUCUUAUAUUUUUGCUUGAAAGCUGGAAAACUAUUGCAGGAAUGUAGUUUAUCAAGAAGAGGUCAUGACUGAGAAUUGUUAUACUUUGAAGAAUUACUUAAAAGUAGCAAAGAUGAGUUGCUUCAAAAGGAGGAGGAGAACCAAUUUAAAUGGUCAUCUUUAAUUAUCUAAACUUAUCUACAUUAUUUAAAGAAUUACAAGUUAUCUUUUUGUCUGAAUAUUAUCUGAAAUGCCAUUUCUUUGCUGCCUCCAGCUUUUCCCUGCUGAUCUGCCUUCCUUGUAUUCCAACGUUGCCUUACAUUUCCCUCUUAAUUCACCUGUGACUUUAAGAUAACCAGAAUCUUGGACUUAAUAUCAGGGUUACUUCUGCAAAUUGUGGACCAAAGUUAUUCUUUCAUUGUAUGUGAUGUUGUCUGUCAUCACAUACACUGUGAUGUGUUCCCUGCUCUUUUGCAGGAGCUGCUGACUUGCUUGUGUCACUGAGGGUUUCCGAAAAGUCUUAACACUUUUUUUUCCAAUUUCUCCCCAAUAUUCUGGGGAUGCAAUCUAUGCUGGAGGAGUGUGUGAUGUCUCGCGUGAGUGUUCUGUUUGAGUUGUUGGUGCAAGCCAAGGUGGAACCCCGUAACGACCAUCCUCCUUGGGCCAUGCAGUGCCUCCCCAAAAAAACCUGCAAGGAAUCCUAGCUUGGUCUGAGGCUGUCUGUCGAAGACGGCCUCACACAAUCCCUGGUUCUCGCUCUGGUGCAGGAUACAGAGCGCACGGGGCGACUGGUCGCUUGUGCAGGCCCGGUGGCCACAGCCCCGAGCUCUUGUGUGCAGAAGCAGCUUGUCCCGUGCCUGCAGCUCAGGUGUGUGUGCCGUCAGACAUGCAGCCCCUUUGGAGAGAGUUGGGCUGGUGUGAUCAGAGUGGCCCUGCGAGCUCACGUCGGCCUCCCUGCUCCCUGGAUCCCUUGGCACAAGAGGGACGUGACACUGACGUUCCAGCAGUGGCCUGCCAGUCAGAGAUCAGCUGCAUCUCCCCUGCCCUUAAAGGAAGAGGUUUAGAGAAGCUUGUGGGUUCUGGAGGAUUGGGAAAUUCAGCCCCCAAUCCAUACAUGCCUAGUUCACUUUCAGAAGUGCCCCACCACGAUGUCAAGGAGCACUUGAAGGGAAGGGCGACUUCCUGCACAGCUGCUCGCUGAGCACCGUUUGCCUUACAUACCCACCUGAUAGCGUUUGCUGAGCUACCCCCAAGGAAACCAGGAAGCACUCUCUGGGAUGCUUUCUUGAGUUGCAGCGUGGGCGGGCCGUGUGCUAGGUGAGACCAUCCGCAGCACCCAGCAAGUAACAUUUUAAAUCCCUCGCAAAACCUUGGCUAGUCCUGUAAGUGUGUCACAGUCCUCUCUUGGGGGCUUCUUGGAACCCAGCCUCUCCAUGGCUGGCAUUUUCAGUGCCUCGUGUCUGCCAGCAAACCAUUAAGGUUUCUGUCAUUGCUGUGUGUUUUGGUGUGUGUCGUUCCCCCCCCCCCCCAAGACAUGUUGCACACAGACAAGUUAACAGGGGAAGUUAACGGGAGAAGGGGCGCCGGCUUCUUUCCUUUUGUUCCUGUGGGGUUUUUUGCAUGUAAAUGUGAGUAAUGAGAAAAAAAAGGUGUACAUAUUUAUAGUUUUUUUUAUACCUGUUGUAAGACACAAGGGGGUGGCAGAACCCAAGUUUUUAUGGCAAAACAGAUGUAUUGUAUAUUUUGAUAACCAGCUAUUACAGGUUCAGUAUUGGGGUUGGAGGUGGGAGGGUUAUAAAACACCAGAAAUUCCAUUUCUUGGCUUAAAAUGUAAUACGGAAAAAAAUUAAAAACUAUUUUAUAAUGAAACGUAUCUUUACCUGUAGCGUUUAGUUAUUUGCUUGUUUGGAUUGUAGAAAGCAGUCAAUGGCCUGUCUGUAUUUCUUUUUAUUUUGACUUUCAAUAAAUGUCUUCUGUAUUCUUUUGC